ACUUUACAAAGCACUAUGGGUAAUCGAGUUGGCAAUGAAAAAUACGCACAGUACAUACAGCUGUUCGGCCCGGCCGGCUGCGAAGCUAGCUCGCGUCACAAGCCAGGAGCCAUAGUUAAGGCUUUUAUUGUGUCUCCUGAUGUGCUGCUUGUCGACAUGUCCUGUACAGUCUGGCUGCACCUUUAUUCUCAACCCUCUGCAGCUAGUGUAACAUGCACGGCACUUCAUGACCUCAACUGAAUAGUGUGCACAUCAAGUUUUCCUCAGUAAUCAGCAUUUUCUCUCCAAGUGAGAUUGUGAUAUCAAUCAUGCAUUGUGCAGCAGCAUCCUGUGUGAACAAUUCAAAAUACAGGGAUAGGUUGAUUGUUAUGCCACAUGUAAUUGAACUACAGUUCCAUAAGGCACAUGCAGAGGACUACACUAAAUGGGAAAAGAAGCUUGACAAGACGGAUUACAGGGUGUCACAGUAUACAAGAAUUUGCAGUAAUCACUUCAAGUAUGGUAAGCCAUUAGCAGGGAGUUCUGUUCCUACACUGUACAUGCGUUCCUACCCGGACUGGGCAUUGUCAAGAAAACAGGCAGCUAAGGAAGUUGCAGCAGUAGAAAAUGGACUGAUUUGUCAUGCAUUGGUGCAUGUGUGUAAGUAUCUGGACCCACAGACAACAACUAGACUUGCGGAGCAGCUGAGAGUACAACCUGGAAAGAACAGUGACUGUAUUUUCCAAAAAUUGCUGUCCAUGUCUAGUACUGAGGCUAGACAGUUAUUACAGCAAGUUGCACCAAUUGUGCCGGGAGGAAAAUGUUUAGAGGCCCUCCAUAUUUAUAGAUAUGGAGCCUUGUGUGAAGGGACCGGUUGGUUAUCGGCUCAGUUUCAGCCCACUAAAGUUGACUCUGUCUGCGCUAAUAAAAGGAAAGACUGUAAUCCUUAUUCAAUACCUGCCUCCCAUUCAUAUGCCAAACCUGAAACAUUCAAACAGUCCACAGAGAUGGUUCAUUGUGGACACCAGUGUAAUAGAAAAGAGGGUGUAGCUUGGAGGAAGCACAACAAUAAAAAACAAAGAUUAACAGCAGUGGAAUGUAAAGAAGAAGUACUUUAUGAAAAUUACUUCCAUGGAGAUUCAACUCUUAGGGAAACACAAAAUAUCCAGCUAAGUGAAAAAAUCACUGAACCUGAAAGUGCAUUGAAGUGCACACAGCAGAUCAUGAAAGGACCAAAAGUGUCCAUCGAGUCAAUAAAGCAUUCUGAUGAACUUAUUCAGCUUCAUACCGGGUUGCCGUCAUAUCAGUACUUCAAGUGGAUUUAUAAAGAAGUUGACAAGGCAUCAGAAAAUAUGAAAUAUUGGCAUGGUAAUGGAUCAAAAAAGGCCAAAAAAUAUAUAGAAACCAACCAGAAAAAGCCUGGACCAAGUCGAGUGGUGUCUAAAGAAAAUGAACUCCUGAUAACUUUAAUGAAGUUAAGACUUAACAUGAUGGAGGAGUACCUGGCAUACCUUUUUAAUGUUAAGCAGCCCACAGUCUCCUCCAUAUUAUCCACAUGGAUUCCGUUGUUGAGCCAUGAACUGUCUGGAUUGAUUUACUGGCCUGAAGUGGAGGAAAUCAAACUUUGCUAUCAAGAUUGUUUUAAGAGAUGGCCAGGCAUUAGAGCACUAUUAGAUUGUUUUGAAAUCCCAACCCAGAAACCAUCGCAUGUAGAGGCAAAUACACAAGUAUUUUCAUCGUAUAAGAAUCGGGCCACCACCAAAUUCUGCCUUGCUUGUACACCAGGAGGAUCUAUCUCCUUCAUAUCACCCCCAGCAGGUGGAAACAUGUCGGACAAGGAGAUUGUCAUUGCAUGCAACCUUCCCCAAAAAUUCUCCCCUGGUGAUAAGUGUAUGGUUGACAAAGGUUUCCUUAUCAAAGGGGAGUUGUUGGAGUAUGGUGUUGAACUUAUCCAUCCACCUUUUGUACAUAAAGGCCAGCCUUUCACUGAGGAAAAGAAUAGAUGGAGCAAGCAAAUUGCACAUGCUCGAAUUCACAUUGAGCGCGUCAUUGGUAGGUUACGUGACUACAAGUACUUGUCAAGUGAAAUACCAGUGUCUCAACUGGAUUUGAUAGGUCCUGCAGCUAGGGUAUGUUGUGCUCUUACCAACCUUAAAAGUUCUGUUGUUGGAAAGAGUUAGUGGUGAACAAAAAAUGCUACAUUUUAAUAAAAUGUUCACCCAUUAGUUAAUGUUUAUGAUGAUGUGAAUGUUGUUUAAUACAGCUGUGCAUCAGUGUGCAAAAACUACAGAGCUUAUGUUUUUGUUGGGGGAUGUUUGUUCAUUUUGAUCAAACAAAACUAAGAUGAUGAUUGCGAUGAUAAUUUAAAAAAACAGAUAUUAAAAUGAACCAGGCCUGACUUUUUAACCAGAGGUUAUCAGUUUUCAUUUGAAUGAAGUACUCAAAAAAAGUAUGCACAAUGAGAGUUAUCAUUCAAUAUGAGAGUUUGUUCUGCGUCUGUAUAAUUUAAUACAUUUAUUUACAUGAACCGUUUCACUGGUAAUUCCUGACCCUCUCAGUGAGAUAGCAACUGUGGCAUACAUUGUAAACAUGGUAAAUGAAGUUUUUACCAAUGGCAUUAUUGAUGCUUUUUUCUUAAUAGUUGUUCUCAUACAAACUGAUUAUACAAUGUUUACCUGAGGAUUUUAAAUAUUUAACAAACUUGAAUUUGCAAUAAAUAUGGUAAAUUUUAGUUUAAUGAAUAAUGAACCCGGUGAGUAGAUGUAUAUACAUGUAUAUAUAUGAAAAAUAUAUAUAUGUGCAAUUAAUGCCCUUUAGUUUAUAUUAAUUAAUAAAUUAUUAAAUACAUAUACAACUGUAGAAUAAGAAAUCCAAUGGAUUAGUCCCUUUGGAGACAUAUCUGUCAUUAUAUUAGUUCUGUUUGAAAAAGUUUUACAUAUACCUUCCAGCAUUCUUGUUGAAAUCCCUGUGCAGUGCUGCACUACACCUUGGAAACCAUACCCCAUAAUUAAUUUGUGAAGAUUCAAAUGACAAUAUAUAUACAUUGAACUGCAAUAAACUGUGAAUGUUUCAUUCA